GUAGUCCGGAUCGGGAUCAAUUAAACCCUGUCAUGGUUUAGGAAAAAUCCCAUCCCAAAUCCAGACAUUCUUAAUUCCUAUAUCCAAACAGUCAAGUCAAAUUACUUUUGGCGGUAAAUUUGAAAUUUUUGGCACCACCAAAAGCCAGUGAACCACAUUUCAUUAGCAACUUUACAUUUUUGGCACCGUCAAGUCAACUUCACUUUCUCUCUGUUUUUCUCUCCCACCAAACACUGAAAUAGGUUUGUGCUGGAUAGUUUUGGUGAUUUUUAAGAAUAAGGUGGGGUUGGCGUUUUCUUUGAAUUGAAAGAUGUAUGGGAGAAAGGCAUGCCAGCUGGUGAAAGAACUUGCAAGUGGUGAAAAGGGGCAGCUCACUCCUUACAAUAGCGACCUAUUUGAUCAAGUGAUUGCAGAAUGUAGUCAGCAUCACCUCGAGCUUCAGUCCCUGAUAAGAAAAAUGCAGGAAGAAGGAUUGGAUGUACAAACAACUAGAAAUGCAGAUCACUAUGGAGCACUCAUCCACCACCUUUCUUUGGUUCGCAAUAAGCGCUGUCUAAUGGCAUAUAUGUAUAACAGAGCAGAAAUUAUACGGAGUUUGAUAUGGAAGGUAGGGCCCGUGCUUCCUCAACAAAUUCAAGAGAAGCUCAGUCACACAGAGGAAGAGUAUUUUAAGAAACAUUCUGGAGCUUUGCAAUCAUACAUGUCGAGACUUGACCUUGAUUUAACUGUGGAUAUGGUGCCACCCAAAGAUCCCUACAUCCAGGUGAGAGUUCUUGAUGAUAUUGGCGUGGUACUAAGUGACGAUAAGACAACAAAUUUUGCUCGCCACUCAAUGCACUUUCUUAAACGAACUGAUGCUGAGCAAUUUAUCUCAAGGGGUUUGAUGGAGGAGCUCACAAGCUGACUUGACACCUUAUUUCUUAAUGUUUAUCCUUUUCAGUGUAAAUGUAGAGAAGAGAUCAAUUAUGUUUAAGCAUUUCUUACCCUUGGGGCUUGAUGAUGUUUGUUACUUUUGGCACUGUGUACAUAUUUGUUACAACGUAAUGCUGAUUUUUGAACUUAUGUUUUGGUCA